UACCUGGACUGGCUGUAAGUAAAGAAGCAGGCAAGUGAGGGCAGGCUGAGGGCAGACAGAGGUUGGUAGGGCACUAUGCCCCAUUCACUCUAAUGGGCCACCGUCCAUGGCUUCUCUCUCUCUGAAGCCCAAAGGAACCAUAAUGCUCCUUUAACAGCUGGAUGAGCAGCAAACAAGCUGCCUUUUUCUGGUAUGGGAGUUUCAAUGAAGGGCAAAGCUUCCUUCGCUUCUUGCCAGUCACAUGCAGAAGUUGAAAGAGCUGGUCACACCUUGGGAGGCAGCCAUAGAUCAUAGUUAUUUAAAUAUAUAAAAACAGUUUUACCAUUAAUGAAUUGGUGUGAAUCAGUGGUUUAAUAGAUGACAUCUUGCUCAUUAUUUGUGCCCAGCUGCCUUUGAAUGGAAGAUAGAAGCUAAAUAAAGAGAAAAGGUCUCCCUUUAAAUCCUCUUCGCAUGAGAGAGAGAGAGAGAGAGAGGAAACCAGCAGCAUCCGUUUUCCUCCCACUGGCAGUUGCUUCAAGGACGAGAUGGCGGCAGGGCUGCCUCAGUGCCGCUGUGGGCUCUUCCAACACCUGCUCUUCUCCCUCUGGGUCCUGCAGGGUGGUCUAGUAACCAGCAUCUCUGGAGUGGAAGUGACCCAGCACCCACCACUGGCCAACAAACGGCAAGGCGAGACGCUGGAGCUGAGCUGCGAUGUCCAUCAAAAUACCUAUCAUUACUACUGGUACCGCCAACUCCCUGGAGAGAUUAAUCUAGAGCACCUUGGGACUAUUUACUCUACUGCGGACAAAUUGGAGGAGAUUCCAAAAAACGAUCUGAACAGUCGUCUGAGUGGCAAACGGUUUGGCACAAAAGUAUAUUUGUACCUAAAAGGCCUCCAGCUUACUGACUCAGGGCAAUAUCUCUGUGCUUCUAGGGACACAGUGAUUGUAGCAGCACCAGGAGCUGUCAUAAAACCAAACAAUAAUACGUCUCUCGAUGUGCUGCUGAGAAACACGUCCUCUCUCGCCGCCCCAAAGGACGCUUCGCCGUCGGAGAGCAAGGAGGGCCGGAGGGCGAGGAAGGAGCCGUCCCGGAGGGCCGGGAGCAGCCGGGAAGAUUUUGCAAGGGGGGCCCGAGAGGCGGCAGUGCUGUGUGAGCAAGCUUACUUCGCGGAUACUGGGACGCAGCUCAUAGUCGAAGAUGAAAAUUGUCAACGCUCACAGCCGACUGUCCAUCUUCUGGGUCCCGUGUGCCACAAGGACCAUGUCACACUCGUGUGUGUGGCCCAGGGCUUUCCCUAUGAGUGGCCCAUUGAUGUGAGUUGGAAGCGUGAUGGGCAAGAGGUGACUCGUCUCUCUUUCGCCACCGACCCUGUCCGCACCCUGAAUAAUGGCACAUGCAACUUUGGGGUUUCCAGUCGCCUGAGAAUGACAGCUGCAGAGUGGCAGGAGAGGCACGUGUACUCAUGCCACGUGAGACAAGGGAACAUAGCCGAGGCUGAAGAGUCGAUGGAGAGGGAGCCGAGCCAGCAGCCAGCCUCAACUGUCUCGGAGUUUCAGAGCAGCCUUCAUACAGGGCAGCUCAUUUUCCUGCUCCUGGUGGUUAAGAGCUUUGCCUAUGGUACUGCUCUGGGAAUCUACACAGCCUGUAAGAAGAAAACAGGUCUCUGAUGGAGCUGUGGAGAGGCUCUGUGUCUUCCUGCUGGUAUUGAAGCAUUAGCUCUUUCUCCAGUCAAGAAACUUAUCCACUUGCAGCUGGAGGCCAUUCUCAGUGUGGAUCCUCAAUGUUUCUUCUCUGACGUUUUCCCAUCUUCCUUCUCAUCUGCUCGUCAAUCUUGAGAACCUACAUUGGUCACUUGAAAAACUGCUGAAUUCUUCCUUUCCUUGAGCAAAUUUCCUGUGUAACAAUAAACAGAACUAGAUUUUAUUAUCUCCA